AGGAGUGGCUUAGUUGUUUUUCAGUGGCUUCUUUAAAAAGUUGUUUCUUCGUCAUAAACAGAUCUGGAGUUGUGUUUUGUUCCAUUCACACACACAAAUUUAACUCGCAAACCCUCCAUAUUUAGGCUGAGUUCUUCUCUGAAAAGGUAAACACACUGUUCCACCUUGUGAUGUCAUCAACUGGUAAAACAAGAAGAGCGCCACUAUGUUUUUUUGUUUGUUUUUUUAAUUCCAUAACCUUCACUAGAAUCAUUUGAACAGAAGUAGCCAAACUUAAAAACUACAAUAUUACUAUCUUAUUUUUAUGUUAGUGAGUACCACGUGACUUUCCUCGUGUUUGUGGGCGUUCCCUUCCUUUUCCGGCUACGCCCCCUCGGUCCAAACGUCACGCGAACAUGGCCGCGUACGUCCAGCGCCUGCACCACAUUUCUCUGCACGUCUCCAACGCGGAUAAAAUCGCCGGCGAGCUCGUUUCUAAGUUCAAAUUCAACCUCUUCGCGGCCAGACUCAACGACAAAUCCAGACAGUUCGCGUUUAAGAAGGGACGAGCGGUUUUCGUCGUGAACGAGCGGCCGGAUUUGGGUAAAACGCGACUGAAUGAACGCGACGAGCCGAAUUUUCACGAUUUUCAUGCCGGAAAACUCAACCAGGAAAGUGUGUCAAAAUGUCUUUACGAUAUAACUCCUCGUUACUCGGUGGACACGGUUGCAAAUGUGUGUUUUGAAGUCGAAAAUGCGCAAAGGUCAUUCAAGACUUUGCGUAAUUUGGGCUGCAAGUUCCUGGUCCCUCCCACGACCGUGCGCGAUGACAGCGGCGCGGUGACGUACUCCGUGGUCAAAUCCAUCGUGGGGAAUGUGUGCCACACGUUGAUAGACAAGUCCGGGUACGAGGGAGGGUUUCUGCCCGGGUUUAAAGUGAUCGGAGACGCGGGUAAAGACGAGGAUGACCCCACGUGCCCGGUGACGCAUUUCGAUCACAUCACGUACGCGUGUCCGAGGAGGUUUACGCACAACGUCAUGGAGUGGUACGAGAAGCUGUUCGGGUUUAAAAGGUUCUUCAUAGGCAGUAAUGAAGACCCAGAGGAGGGUUUCGUGCUGGACCAGGAGGGCAUCGGUCUGCGUCUCACAGCGAUGGAGUACUGGAGGUGCAGUGAAAAGGGUCUAACUCUGCCGUCCGUCCACCAGAGGGAGCCAGACUGCAAGUUUGUCAUCGCAGAGUCUCUCCCAGAACAAGGUCGUAACCAGGUGGACCAGUUCCUGCAGCAGCACAGAGGAGCAGGAGUCCAGCACAUCGGCCUCUACACCAACGACAUCAUCUCCACCGCCCAGAGCAUGAGCCAGGCCGGGGUCAGCUUCUUCUGCCCUCCCCCGGCGUAUUACACCGAGGUGGGGAAGCAGCAGGAGAUCCUUGAAGCCGGUCACAGCCCCGAACUUCUGUCUCAACACGGGAUCCUCCUGGACACAGACCUGCAGGACACAGACGGGACACAGGGACAACGGAAGAGAUACCUGCUGCAGGUUUUCACGCGGCCGCUGUUUUCCGAGGACACGUUCUUCCUGGAGCUGAUCCAGAGGCGAGGAGCGUCCGGGUUCGGAGAAGGAAACAUCCGCGCGCUCUGGAGGUCUGUGCAGGUUUACAUGGAGAAAGAGGAAAACAACAACCAACAACGACGACAGACAAACGCUGCAGUCGGCCAAGAGCUAACCUCCACAAACAGGAUUAUAUUUUAGAUUAUUUAGUUUUUUAAAUUAGAUGUUACUUAAAGGUGCACUGCGGAACUUUUCUGGAGCUGGAUCGCUACAGUCUGCCAAGAGCUUUUAUAAUCUACUCUUUGGGGAGAAUCAGUCUGGUCGUCAGCUUUAAGGCACUUAUUGGUAAGGGGAAUAUAUUUAUUUAUAUUGAAUAUUUAAAGCCACAGUAUGUCACUUUUCAGACAAAAAAUCUUGUUGGUUUUGUUUAUUUCACUGACAAACUUGUAUCCUAACUCAUCUCCACAAACCUGAUUCAUAUUUGUCCUGGGGGAAAGUCUCCUGCUGCUUGUUUCCAUGGAAAUGACGCGGUCUUAAGCCUCCAACCCCGUCAAAAAACGACCGCGCGCCACAAUCCAGAGCGCCCCACACACGAAUCAGGUGUCCCAGUACGACUUCAGUAAACUACAAAGCCGCACCACCCGCAGAACACGCAAACACACAUGGAGCAGACAGCGACUGCACAGCGACAAACAACCACAGACACACUCAUCACUCCACGCUGACGAGGAACGAACCGAAAAAGCGAGUGCAAUGUGCCACUUCUAGACACGACUGAACAACUGAGUCACUGCGAACACGCCGACAAUCCGUUGGUCCCAGACACACCCUCCCUACACGCCACAACUGAACAAAGCCCAGAGUCACCGUGAACGAACAAACAAACAAAACCACUCACCCAUCACACUGUUGGGUUUCAUUUAAAGUCCAGUGCGGUUUAUUUGUGAAAAAAGUUCGAAAAUAGACCAUUUAAUGACAGUGCUUCUUAUAAUCCAGAGCAUUUACUAGUGCGGAAAAUACGGUAUCUUGAUAGAGUGCACUUUCGAUUUGAUACGAUUUAUUUCAAAAUCGAUUCGAUACGGUAAAAAAAAAAAUUAAGGCUAAGUCAUGACUGUGAUACUAAAAGUCUUUGUUAAACCACUUCUUCUUGUGCAAAGUUCAUAUGAAACACAAACAUUUUAAUCAUCAAAACAGUGAAAAUAUCAAAUGUGUCGCAUAAACGAGUUUCCUUCAUCUCAAAUUGUAGCGCUGGAACAAAAUAAUAACGUAAAAUAAACCUAAAAAAAUACUCUUGGCGAUAUAUCGAUACAGCCGAUAUUGUAUCAUCACAUUAAACGAUACGCUGCUUCUAGACACGACUGAACAACUGAGUCACUGCGAACACGACGACAAUCUGUUGGUCCCAGACAGCACCCUCCCUACACGCCACAACUGAACAAAGCCCAGAGUCACCGUGAACGACACAAACAAACAAAACCACUCACCCAUCACACUGUUGGGUUUCAUUUAAAGUCCCACGAGGUUUAUUUGUGAAAAAAAUUCAAAAAUAGACCAUUCAAUGACCAUAAAUUAGUUUGUUUGCUGUAUGAUUGUUCUAAAUUGGACAAAACCUUGGGUGCAAAUGUAAAGCGGGCGGAUGAUGAGCCACAAUUGAACAAAGCCCAGAGUCACCGUGAAUGCACCAAACAAAGUCCCACUGACCCAUCCAACUGUUGUGUUUCCUUUAAAGUCCGGUGCAGUUUAUUUGUGAAAAAGUUCAAAAAUAGCCCUUUUAAUGACAGUGCGUCUUAUAAUCCAGAGCGACUAAUAGUGCGGAAAAUACUGUAUUUGUUUUGGCCUUUUGUCCACACAGAGCCGGCGUUUUGGGUGGGCAAAAAUUGUGUUUUUUGAGAACGGGUUCCAGAGUGCAGAAAUCUGAGAAUGCGGGCGAUGCAUUGUCAUGUGGACAAGCAAACCGCAGCUUUCGGAAAACAAUGACGUCGCGACCCCGUCAUCGGCAGGGGCCUCCGCGGAACACAAGACCGUUGCCAAAAAUGUGACAGGUGUAGCCUACAGAGCCGCUCCCGUCGCCGAGCAACCGAGACACACUGCAACCUCUAAUGCCAACAACACACUCUGAGCAAAUUACGCACAUGGAUCAAUAACAAAGAUUAUGCAUUAUUCAUUUAAAGUCCUACGCGGUUUAUUUGUGAAAAAAGUUUAAAAAUAGACCAUUUAAUAACAGUGCGUUUCAUAAUCCAGAACGCCGUAUAGCCUGGAAAAUACGGUAGUCAGACUGGCGCCACCUAGUGCCUCCGCUCAAUUUCAUUUCUCUCCAGCGACUAGAUCAGGAAUCAGAAUACACUAGACGGUUUGCAAAAAGCCCGGAAGUGUGAGUUCGGGCACCAGCCAAUCAGCGAAGAGCCAAAUAUUCUGCGUUGGCAACGAUUCCCGAGAUCGAGGAUUUAAAGCCGAAACAAAGAGAAUGUUUGGUGAAUUUCUUCAAGGGGAAAGACGUUAUUGUCCUUCCUUCCUUCAGGAUUUGGGAAAAGUUUGAUAUACGUACGUACAUAUGUCACCACCAAAUAGCAGCGAUUGGUAAAAUAAAAAAAGUACCCGCCUACUGUCGAGCAAACGAAUCCUAAUGCUGCGAGGUCAGACGGUUUCUACGAAGUGAAACAGUCUGAUGAAUGGGACUAUAAAACUAUCGCGCCACCUCCAGAAAGUGACGUACUGUAGCUUUAAAUAAGAGCAGACUUUAUGAGGCGCUGUUAAAAGUGCUGUACGCAACAUGCACUCCAACUGAA